AUGCGUCGCUUUUUUGUAGCCCGCCCCUUUCCGAGCGUCGCCCUCAUUCGCCGUGCUUCAGCGAGCACGCAGGCAAGACCUGCAACCGCCACUGGUGCCACUGCGCCUGCAAAGCCGACGACAACCGCCUACGACUUCCCCAAAGAUGUGCUGCACAAUCGUCUGUGGCAGACGCACCAGGCAGGGCGACACAUCAAUGUAUACGUCGACUCGGGCCGCAUUGCAUGGAUCGUCAUGAAUCGUGCCGAGUCGAGCGCCAACGCACUGGGCGAGGAGUUUGUGAAAGACAUGAAUGCGGCCCUAGACAUUGUGGAGUCUCUCGUCGCGAACAAUGAAGCCCAAUUCACCAUCUUGACAAGCGCCAAGUCGACGUUCUGCGUCGGAGCUGAUAUUGACCAGAUGUACACCAUAACGGACCCUACGGUGGCGGUGCAGGUGCCGACCCUUGGACACAUGCUCUUCAACCGCAUUGAGCAGGAGAAGUUCCCCAUAGUCGCCGCUAUCAACGGCCUCGCCCUCGGUGGCGGCUUUGAGCUAUCGCUUGCAUGCCAUCAGCGGCUUAUGGCCUCGACCGCGAAGGUGGGCUUCCCAGAGUGUCUACUUGGUCUUCUGCCAGGCGGUGGUGGCACAGUACGGACGCAACGGCUGUGCGGGCUUACCAAGACGGUGCAGUGGAUCAUGACCUCUAAGCAGAUCAAGGCGCGGGAGGCCAAGUCGGCUGGCGCGUGUGACGCUGUCCUCCCUGCUGAAGACCGCUGGAAUGGCGAGCACCGCUUCUUCGAGGGGGUGCGCAAGUGGGCUGGACAAUACCUCUCCGACAAACCUGCCCUUUUGUCGAAGCGGAAGAGCAUUUCGCUGAUGGAUCGCGUGCUUGAGCACACAACCUUCGGUCGCCGUAAGAUCGCCGACGAGACCAUCAAGAUGCUGAACAAGAAGACAAAGGGCAAGUACAUUGCGCAGUACAAGGCGCUGGAGUGCGUCAUGUACUCCGCCACGCAUAGCAAUCAGCAGGGCUUUGACAAGGAAUGCCGCGGCUUCGCUGAGCUGCUGUGCAGCCCAGAGGCGAAGAACCAGAUGUCCCUGUACUUCCUGCAAGAAGGCAUGAAAAAGAGCGCAGACAAGACGGGCGUUUCCAAGGACAAGGUGAUGCAGGUGAACCGCGUCGGUGUCAUUGGCGCCGGCGUGAUGGGCUCUGGCAUUGUCCACUACUUCGCCAAGAACAACAUCCCGGUGGCGGUGAAGGACUUGAAGGAGGAGUCCGUGAAGCGGGGUAUCAACAACGUCCGUGCCGAGUUUGAGCGAGCCGUGCGCCGCAAGCGCAUGGUAACGGCAGAGCUAGAGAAGAAGAUGGACCUUGUGACGGGCGGUACGACCAACGAGGUGUUUCGCGGCGUGGACGUCGUUGUCGAGGCCGCUGUGGAGGUGAUGGAUAUAAAGAAGAAGGUAAUUCAGCAGCUGGAGAAUGAGGGUAUCCUCAACUCCAAGAACCUCUUCGCCACGAACACGUCCUCGCUAAGCUUGACCGAGAUGCAGACGGUGGCCAAGUGUCCGCAAAACAUCGUCGGCAUGCACUUUUUCAACCCCGUAUCGAAGAUGCCGCUUGUGGAGGUCAUCAAGGGAAAGAGCACUUCGGCCGAGGCCGCUGCCGCCAUCUUCAACCUCGCCCUCAGGACGGGCAAGAUGCCAAUCAUCGUGAACGACGGCCCUGGAUUUCUGGUGAACCGCAUCCUUGGCGUAUACAUGGCCGAGGCCGGGCGACUGGCAGUGGAUGAGCGGUGCCACCCAUCGUGUGUAGAUGAGGCUAUCCUGGCCUUCGGCAUGCCGAUGGGGCCCUUCCGCCUUUUGGAUGAGGUCGGCCUCGACGUCGCCUGUCACGUGGGGCCAGUGUUGACAAACGGCCUGAAGAGCGACCGCUUCGGCGUCAGCCCAUCCAUCUCCCUAAUGGUGAAGGACGGCCACCUCGGCCGCAAGAACAACAAGGGGUUCUACAACUACACGGCAGAUGGGAAGGAAAUGGGACUGAACAACGCGGUCCUGAAGAAGUACCUCGGUGAGGAGCUGAGCCCCUCCAUCUCGGAGACGGAGAUCGUGGACCGCUGCGUCUUGCUCAUGGUGAACGAAGCCACCCUCAUCCUCGAUGAGGCGAUCGCGAUGUCACCCGAGGACGUUGACACGGGGAUGGUGUGGGGUACCGGCUUCCCGGCGUUUCGUGGCGGGUUGCUGCAGUACGCUGACCACCGCGGCAUCGCCAACGUUGUCGCAGCGCUGGAGCAACUGCAAAGCAAGACGAAGAAGGACUACUUUGCCCCCACGGAGAGACUGAAGAAGAUGGCCAUCAAGGGUAUGUGCUUCUUCCCGAAUCGCCCGUACGUGCCAUACCAGGAGCGCCACGGAUACCCUAAGGUGACGUUCUAG